AUGGCAAGUCCAUUAAAAACUCAUGUUCCAUUUAAUGAAGUUGAAGGCAUUGCUUCAACAAAUGUUCCAGCAUAUUCCAAUAGAAAUGGUAGUAUAUUUCGAAUAGGACGUAAUUAUUUUCAUGGAAUUUAUACUGGUUUUCAAUGGCAAUGUGUAGAAUACGCUCGUCGAUGGUUAUUAAUACGUAAAAGUUGUAUAUUUGGAGAUGUUUCAUCUGCUUGUGAUAUUUGGAGUAAUAUACCACAUAUUGAACGAGUUAUUGAUGGUAAACAUUUUCCUUUACGUACAAUACCUAAUGGUUCUUCGGAACCACCUAAGAAAGAUUCAAUACUUAUUUAUCAUCGUAGUCGAAGAAUGCCUUUCGGACAUGUGGCUAUUAUUACUGAUGUUAUAUCUGGUUAUGUUCAUAUAGCUGAACAAAAUAAUUUAUACAAUUAUUGGACAGAUGGUUAUGCUCGUCGAGUACCAUUAAGAUUUGAAAAUGGUUUAUAUUAUAUUGAUGAUCCAGAUAAAAUUUACGGUUGGAUGGAAAUUCAAGAUGAUGACCAAUUAGAACCAUUUGAUGAGUCCAAUAAAGAUAAAAUCCUUCCACAAUAUUUAAAUCGUCAAGCAACUGGAAUAUUUGGACGUUUAUUUACUUUCAAAAAGAAUACCUAG